UCUUAAUCCAGCAUUUAUAAAAUGACAGUGCAAUUGGAGGAGAUAGUGGAAAUAAGUGAACCCCUUCAACCAUAUAUUCCGCCAAUAUGGGUUUUUUGGAGAGCAAGAAGGUACGUUAUGGCGCUUAUGAUAUUUAUUGGACUAGUCAAUUUCUACACACUACGCAUAAAUCUCAGCAUAGGUAUAGUUGCUAUGACCCAAUUAAGCAACGUAACUUUACCUAAUGGCACCAUAAUUUUGGAAAGACCUUUUGACUGGGAUACAAAAAUUCAAGGCUACGUUUUAAGUGCAUUUUUUUAUGGAUAUGUUGCGACACAAUUGUUUGGUGGAUACUUAUCUAUAAAAUUUGGAGGAAAAUUAGUUUUUGCUGCCGGCAUUGGAAUUCCUUCUAUUUUAACGCUAUUGUCUCCGUUAAUGGCGAAUAUAAAUGUAUACAUGUUUUUACUUAUUAGAAUUUUGGAAGGCUCGUUUGGGGGUUUAAUUAUGCCAUGUCACCAUACUCUCGUUUCAAAAUGGUACCCGCCAGCUGAAAGAACUAGGUUAGUAGCAAUAGGUAUAUCUGGACUUCAUGUUGGAACUCUUAUUGCUUUGUGUUUAUCAUCACAAUUGAUAUUUUAUCUGGGAUGGCAAAGUAUUUUCUAUUUCUUUGGUGCAGGUGGAUGUAUCUGGACUAUAUUAUGGUUAAUUUUUAUAAGUGACUCUCCCUCAGAAGAUCCGAGAAUUAAUGUACAUGAAUUAAUUUAUUUAACUGAAUCACUGAAGAAUACAAAACAAGCUAAAUUUAACCAAGAAGUUCCAUGGAUAUCCAUUUUAACUUCCAAACCUGUAUGGGCAAAAGCAAUUGCAACAUUUUGUGAAGGUUGGGCUAAUUAUACUUUGUUAACAGAACUACCAAAAUUUAUGAAGUAUUGCCUGAAUUUUGACCUAAGUAAAGCAGGUGCGUUAGCUGCUCUUCCUUAUAUAGCUGAAGUUGUGUCCUUGCUGGGUAUUGGUCAUUUGACCGAUUAUAUAAUAUCGAAAAAUUAUUUCUCAAUAACAAUAAUUAGAAAAAUAUUUACAAGUGGUGGUUUCUUAGUAUCAUCUUUAUUUUUAAUACUAUCCGUACACACGCUGUCACACAUUGUAACUGUUUGUUGUCUAAUAGGAGCAGUCGCAUUUACAGGAAUUUUACAGAGUUCAUUGCUUGUAAAUAGUUUGGAUUUAGCACCAAAUUAUGGAGCCUUAACAGUAUCUCUAUCUAACACUCUUGGGACUAUACCUGGGAUUAUAAGUCCCAUUUUGACAGGAUAUUUAGUAACAGACGAAUCCAGUGUUGAAGAAUGGAGAAUCGUUUUUUAUAUAACAGCGGGUUUAUAUUUAUUUGGAUCCAUAUACUAUGCCUGCUUUGGUUCAGCAAAACUACAAUCUUGGGAUAAUCCAGAAAUAACUUCUGACUUCAAAGAGACUCACCAACACUAAUAAAGAGAAAUAUCUUAUACUUAAAGAAUUAUCGGCGAAACAUUAUGAUAUUACCAAUAAUAAUAUUCAUCAAAUUUUGAAUGUUGUUCGAAAAUAAGAUUCCACAAAAAUUAACUUGUUUUUAAAAUUGAAAAUUUUAUUUUCAUAAAGUUCACUAAUUUAAUUAUUAUUCAAAC